AAUUCGGUCUCUUACCAUAAAUGAAAAUGUCUACAUCUAGCAUUGUAGCAAGAGUGGAAACCUGGCUUUCAUCCACAUGGCAUGUUAAAGUUCCUUUAACAUGGCUGGAAGCAUGUAUUAAUUGGAUUCAGGAAGAAAAUAGUGGUAGCAAUUUAAGUCAAGCUCAGAUUAACAAGCAGGUAUUUGAGCAAUGGCUUCUUACCGAUCUGAGAGACUUGGAAUAUCCCAUUUUGCCUAACUGCAUCUUAGAUACUCCCAAGGGAGAGUUGUCAGGCUGCUUCUCCAUACAGAUUGAUUCACUGGUGGAUGUUAGCCAGCCAGCAUAUUCUCAGUUGCAGAAGCUAAGAGGGAAAAGCACUGUAAAUGAAGAAGUGACAGCCAGUACUCAGACAUUUCAGAAGCCCUGGGAAGCAAAGCCUACUCGAAUGCUGAUGCUACAAUUAACAGAUGGCAUACAUCAAAUUCAGGGCAUGGAGUAUCAACCAGUGCCCGUUCUCUGCAGUAACCUUCCUCCUGGAACAAAAAUCACUGUGCAGGGCAAUAUUGCAUAUCGUCUUGGAGUUCUUCUGCUUAAACCAGAAAACGUGAAACUGUUGGGCGGUGAAGUUGAUGCUCUUCUUGAGGAUUAUUGUCAGGAAAGAGUCCUUGCUAGGUUAAUUGGAGAAGCUGAAAACCCUAAUUCUGGUGGACAAGCUGGACAUGAACAGAUUUUUUCAAGGCCUGUGGAUGAGUUAGAGCAAACUCUUGGCCCUUCAGAUGAAGAGCUUUUAGCCAGCCUUGAUGAAAAUAAUGAAUUUAAUUUAAACAACCAAACAUCUUUAGAAAGUGGAUACUGUAGUAGAAGCAACAAUUUUAAUACAGCCUCAGGUUCAGUGACUGCACACAAUGGAAAUGUUUUGCUACAAAAAUCUGGAAGUCCUUUGCCUCAUUCAGAUGAACAAGUUUCACCUCCCAUGGAAUACGCUGAUGGCUUUUUAAAUGAUUUUCCUUUAGAAGAUGACUUUCUUCUGGAAGAAGAGAUGCAAAGAGAAAUGGAAGAAGUGCCACCAGUGGAGAUGAACGGAAACAUGCGUUUAAUUACUGGCAGACUUCCACAUGCAUCUAGAAGCUCUUGCAAUUCAUCUUUAAAUGGCACUGGUGAAGAAGACAAUGUGAGUGAAAGAGAUAAGCCCAGGGAAGCUAUCAGCAAGGAAAAGAACAUGAGAAGAACAAUAUUUGAUGAAGAUGAAAAUAGCAUUAGUAACUUUUUGCCACACAAGGGCUUAAAUCAGACCUGCAGUUCAUCAGCUUUCUCUUUGGAAACUCCUCAUGAAGAGGGACAGAAUUCUACAGACCUAGAUGAGAGCAGAUGUAAACACCAACACACUUCUGACAGCAGGGUAUUAAAUGAUGAUCCGGUAUUUUCCAUAAAAAUGGAUCCAGAAGGAGAUCAGCAACGACAUGAUUCACAGAUCUUUCCUUGCAAGGCAGUAGAGGAACAUUUAGAUUUAGAUUCUCCACCUUUCACAUAUAUUUCCCUUCUCCUUGCAAAAAAACCAGAAACUGUUACAAUUCUGAAAGUUAAAUGUUUUAUUGUCACUCUCACUGGAAACCUCACAAAAAGCAAUGGGUCCUGGGGUAUAAAGGCAAAAAUUUCUGAUGGCUCUGCUUAUCUUGAAGUAGAUUUUGCUGAUGAUAUUCUAACAAGUUUCAUUGGCUUUUCAGUGCCUGAAAUUAAUAAGCUGAAAAAAGAUCCUGCUUUACAUCCAAAACUUAAGGAUGGUUUAGAGAAAUGUCAAAAACAGCUGAUAGAUCUUUGUUGUUUGAUGACUAUUGAGUUCAAUCCAUUUCAGUCUAAAGCUACUGUAUUAAUUCUCCAGGAUGCUGAUGCUAGGCAUCUAGAACAAUUGAAGAAACGUUUGAAUAAAUAAUAUGUGCAAACUUGCAGACUGUUAGAUUAGGCUAUUAUUAUUAUUAUUGUUAUUAUUAUUAGAUUAUUAUUAUUAUUAUUAUUAGAUUAGGAAAUGUUUAAGUUGGAUUUCCCUUGAAGAGCUCUUGAAAGGUAAACUUCAAAUUAAGUGGUGUGUCUUUUGUCAGGAAUUAUUAUGUAAAAGUGAGACAAGGAGAUGACUCGUUGGAGCAAAAUUGGGCAGAUUGUUUCUUAUGGUGACAGUAUUGGAAUAAGAUUUCAAGAAGUCCAGAUUUUGUGUCUUGACUUUUUCAUUCUGCAAAAUCCUGCAUGUUCUAGACUGGUAAUCCUGAGUAGCAGAAUGUAUCAGGAAAUGACAAUGAACAAACCGUCUUAUUAUUUUACUUUUUCAGGUACUUAGCUGAUUUUUAAAAAAAAGGUGCAGGAGACUCUCAAUUUUUUCUUGGAGAAAAUCAGAUGAAUAUAUUUAAAUCAAAUACAGUCCCUUCUUUCUAUGCCUGUCUGAAGACUCAAAUCUAUAUUCACUGCAAGAACCUAAAGUAUAGAAAAAUGAAAGAUUGUCUUCUAAGUAUUCAGGUGUGAGGAAAAAAAAAUCCAAUCCUCUGCAAAAAGGAGAUUUAAAAACCCUCUCUAUUUUUACAGAUAACUUAAAAGAAAGCCAAGUGUUUUAAAGGUUUAUUAGCAGAAAAUUAUCAUAACGUAUGAGGAUUCUAUUUUUUUUUGUCAUGUUAAUGUUAAUCAUUGCUAGUAGUUUUGAAACCAGAGGCAAUUCAAUCACUAACUCUUAUAGUUACUUGAUUAACCUUUACAGAGUAGAUAAGUAUUUUUGCUGCAUACAUGUUGUAUAGUUUGCUUAUUGCUGGUGUUUAUUUUGAUUGAUUUUUAAAAUUUCCCCUUCUAAAAUAAUAUAAUAAAGUUUUCAUUUAAA